GGCCUUGUCCUUCACUGGCUUAAUUCCACCAUGCGAGAACUAAAUUAUCUUAUCACUGCACGUCAUCCAUUAUUGAAUGGUGCUUUUGGAACACUCGACGGACUUAAUUUACCAGUGCAGACUUUGAGUGACCAAGAGAUUGAGAAUGCCACCUACAAUGGUUGGCUGCAUGAUCACUUUGUCAGCUCUGUCAUUGCAUUUGCAGCUGAUGGUCAG